GAAGCUAGCUCGAGGAGAGCAGGAGGAGCACCGCGGUGUUAAUCACUGCAACGACAGAGGAGCAGCAGGGAGGGAGGACACCGGCUCCAGCCCUGCCUCCUCUCUGAACACAGCACCGAGCAGCCAACAAAGGGAGCUGUGGUUUAUCUGAGAAUAAAUGACUCACUGACAGAUAAAUCUUUACUGAUUCACCUCAAAGAAUUGCUCAGUCAUGGAGCUGGAGCACUUUGACGAACGGGACAAAGCUCAGCGAUACUCCAGAAGAGGCUCCAGAGGGAAUGGACUCCCCAGUCCCACUCACAGUGCUCACUGCAGCCUCUACAGAACCAGGACACUGCAAGCUCUGAGCUCAGAAAAGAAGGCCAAGAAGAUUCGUUUCUACCGUAAUGGUGACCGCUACUUCAAAGGGAUUGUGUAUGCCAUUUCUCAGGAGAGAUUCAGGUCCCUCGAGGCACUCCUGGCUGACCUUACAAGGUCUCUGUCAGAUAAUGUCAACCUGCCCCAAGGGGUGCGGACCCUAUAUUCUAUCGAUGGGACAACAAAGAUCACCAGCAUGGAUCAGUUGGUAGAAGGAGAGAGCUAUGUCUGUGCAUCCGUAGAGCCUUACAAGAAAGUGGACUACACAAAAAAUGUAAAUCCAAACUGGUCUGUUGGUGCCAGGACUUCUGUGUCUGCUCGUGACCCCUCUUCCCUAGGAAGUGCCAAGGCUGGACCCCUGGAAACUAGAGAGAGCAAGGACUUCAUUAGACCCAAACUGGUAACCAUUGUCCGCAGUGGAGUAAAGCCUCGCAAGGCUGUACGGAUCCUGCUCAACAAGAAGACUGCACACUCCAUCGAGCAAGUCAUGACUGACAUCACAGACGCUAUAAAGCUGGACUCUGGAGUUGUCAAAAGACUGUAUACUGUUGACGGCAAAAUGGUGACGUGUCUGCAGGACUUUUUUGGCGAUGAUGAUAUAUUUAUUGCUUGUGGUCCUGAGAAGUUCCGUUAUCAAGAUGACUUCAAUAUAGAUGAAAGUGAAUGCAGGGUGGUAAAGUCCACAUCUUAUGGCCGGAUCCCCUCCGUGCAUGGUCGUACUUCACCAAGAGGAGGGGUGUCCCGCAGGAGCAAGUCCCCCUCAUCUACUGGUUCAGCUAAUGGGACUGCAGGCAGUCAGUUGUCCACACCUCGAUCUGGAAAGUCUCCAAGCCCAUCACCAACCAGUCCAGCUAGUCUCCAGAGACAUCAGGGAUCUCAGCACAGUGGAUCUUCUCUCUCUUUGGCUUCGACCAAAGUAUGCAGCUCAAUGGAUGAAGGAGAUGGAGCCGGCAGUGAGGUUGAGCCCAUGGAAGAGUACCCUCCAGUACCUGCUUCCAUAGCAGAGCGGUACAAAGUGGGGAGGACUUUAGGGGAUGGAAAUUUUGCUGUGGUUCGCGAGUGUGUGGAGAGAACCUCUGGAAGAGAGUAUGCCCUGAAGAUAAUCAGCAAAGAGAAAUGCAGGGGAAAGGAGCACAUGAUCCAGAGUGAGGUGUCGAUUCUUCGGCGUGUGAAACAUCCCAAUAUCGUGCUUUUAAUUGAAGAAAUGGACUCUUACAGCGAGCUGUAUCUUGUCAUGGAGUUGGUCAAGGGAGGUUAUCUUUUUGAUGCCAUCAGCUCCUCCAACAAAUACACGGCACGGGAUGCCAGCUGUAUGCUGUUCAAUUUGGCAAGUGCCAUCAAGUAUCUACACAGCCUCAGUAUUGUCCACAGAGACAUAAAACCAGAAAACCUUCUGGUUUAUGAGCACCAGGAUGGAAGCAGAUCUUUGAAGCUUGGUGACUUUGGUUUGGCUACCAUUUUCAAUGGGCCCCUGUACACUGUGUGUGGUACACCCACAUAUGUAGCACCAGAAAUCAUUGCUGAGACUGGAUAUGGCCUCAAGGUUGACAUUUGGGCAGCUGGUGUCAUCACUUAUAUUCUCCUGUGUGGCUUUCCUCCUUUUUAUAGCAGUGGUGAAGAUCAAGAAAGCCUCUUCAGACAGAUUCUGAUGGGCCAGCUUGAUUUCCCUUUACCAUACUGGGAGAAUGUGUCUGCUUCUGCCAAGGCUGUUAUUGCUGGGAUGCUGGAGGUAGAGGUGGAUCAGAGGUACACAGCUGUACAGGUGCUGGACCAUCCCUGGGUUAAUGAUGAUGAUAUGCCAGAAAAUGAGCAUCACCUGAGUGUAGCAAUGAAGCUCAAAAAGCACUUCAACACCCAACCCAAGCUCAACAGCACGGCAGCAGGAGUGUCUGUCAUUACAACCACGCCACUUGACAAAGAGAAGCAGGUUUUCCGACGAAGGCGCCACCAGGAUGUGAAUUCCACUCUUCAUCUGCCACACGUUGUGGGCGCGGCCGCCAACCCCGUCCUGUCUCCUGCCGAGUUCAACUCAGAGUCUGAGGACUAUUCUCCCAGCUCACCUGACACUGUGCGUUCACCCACCUCUCCAUUCUAGCAGCACACAACAG